UCUCGUUCUUUUGCGUUUGCCAACAUGGCUUCCCUAGAAAGUUGCCUCGUGCACUCUGGAUAUGUUAUAAAUUGGUUUUAAAGGAUUUUUCUUUAAGCCAUUAAUUGUUUAAAAAAUGAUUGUGAGAUGAAAUAAAUAUAGAUGGAAAGACGAGAGAGAAAGAAAGACCUCUCCACAAACAUGAAUCACGAGGCAGCAAUGGAUGCUUUCUUAGGGAAACUUGGUCUGUACAGAAAACCCAUUGCAAAAGAUGGAUCAUGUUUGUUUAGAGCUGUUGCUGAACAAAUUUUUAACUGUCAAGCCGAGCAUUCACGUGUGAGAAAGGAAUGUAUAGAAUAUAUGAAGAAAAAUAAAGACAGAUUUGAAGCGUUUGUGGAGGGGCCUUUCGAUCAUCACCUUUUCAACUUGAGAAGUCAAAAGGAAUGGGCUGGUCAAGUUGAAAUUCAAGCUCUAUCUUUGUUGUAUAAGUGCGACUUUUUAGUUUACAAAGAUAUAAAUUCUGGUCCAAUAAAGGCUACUGAAAAUGAUCAUGAUAAGAAGAUCAUUCUUUGCUAUUCUAAUGGAAAUCAUUAUGAUAGUAUUUAUCCAUUUUCACACAAGAAUAAUCUUGGUCUUUGUCAGUCUAUUGUAUUUGAAUUGCUUUAUGGCAAAGUUUUUCCAAUUCUAAUGACAAAAGAUCCUGAAAAAAAAGCAACUAGCCCAACAGAUAAACAUGAUAAACAAGAUGAUUUUGGUGAGAACACCUUGGUAAAUGGCUAUGGCACUGGAAGUGAAAAUGGGGAGGAGAAUGAUGAGGGUUGGACUACUGUAAAGAGUAGGAAACAAGGAAGUAAAUCAACAAAAAACCAGAAGAAUGUAGACCACUUCUAUUCUGAUCAAGCACCAUUGUCUCCAGCAUCUUCAAAAUUGAGUUGGGAAGUGAUGAGAUCAAUUGACCCAGAUGGAUAUAGAAAUAUUGAGUUGGAAGUUUGGGAAGAAACUAGAAAAGAGCAGCAACACAAAGAUCAAGCAGUUGCGGCAACAUUUCAAUUUAAAAAGGGUGACAGAUGCCAGGUUAAACAUCCACACGAUGAAAAGUUGUAUUUGGCAAUCAUUGAUGAUGUCUUGGAUGAGAAGUGCAAGAUUUGGAUUCCUGAAUUGAAAGAAAGAAAAUUAAUGCCAUUUUCUCGACUCAAACCAAAAGAACAGAAUGCUAAUACUGGUUAUCGAGAAUUGUCUGGAUAUUAUAAGAAACAAGAGAACUCUCAAGACAAUAAUAGUCCUCGUGGAGGUGAUGAUCAAAAAAGUGGUCGACGAAGGAAAUCAAAUAAAAAUAGAAAGAGUAAUGCAAGCGAUGUACAUGAGAGAGGUCAGCAUGAAGUAAGUCCUGCUCAAGAUGAUCUUUCUGGUAAACCCAGAGGAGAAAAAAACAGACGUCGUCGAAAUAAUAGCAACAGUGUAAGAUCUAAAGAAGAAAAGAAAGAAUUUGGCCAGAAAGAAAAUGGAAAUAAUUCACAGGGGCAAGCAUCAUCUGAAGGACCCGCUUUUCCUGCUCUUCCUGCUCUUCCUAAACGAGAAGAUCAACCAGUAACUGAGAAAGUAAAACCAGAUUCCGACAACAAUCCUGAUCCCGCGACGUUCUGGAGAAAACGCAGAGAGGUAGAGCAAAUGGAAAAGACGACAUCAGAUUUGAAAGAAGUUAGUUUUGAUGUUGAGUCAUCACCUGUUGCUGUUGAAGAUGGUUUACUCGAUGAGGAAAGUGAAAAAAUCAUAAAGGAUGAUGUUGUAAAAAAUCAAGAAGAAAAGAAUGAUAAUGAAUGGUCGGAUGUGGUACAUCAAAAAAUUGUUGAAGACCUUCCUUAUGAUAUUCCCAAUGAAUUACCACCAGACGUUCUUCGGCAAGACGCUGAGGAGAAGAAACAAGACAAAGCUCAAGACGAACCUCAGCUGGAAGGUGUCAGAGAGAUAAAACCAGUGUCUAUCGAGAAACGUGUGAAUUGGCAAGAUUUACAACACAAUCAGGAUAAGUCAACUGCUUGUCCUCCACAUGAUGAUAGCGGGAAAAGCUUUGAGAAUAUGAACAUAAACAGUGAAACAAAUCAAUCAAAUGAACAAAGCACGCCAGUCCACGUGAAUAAUAGACAGCCGUUAAAAGAAACUGUCAUUGAAAUGGGGGAUGUAGAAGAUAACUUAGAAGAACGAAGUUAUAAUUCUAUGAAUCGGGCUCAUUUUGAUACUCAAAGAAACUAUGAAAUUCUUAGAAAUCCUUCCAGACAAGACGUUCAAGAUGAACAGACGUCAAAUCCGUUGUCACGCUAUCCGCAGACGGAAAACGCAGUUAUAGAAAAUGAAAAUGUUGAACAGGCGACUGAGGAACAAGAGGAAUCUUCCGUCUUCCAAAUGACAGACCAUACGGUUCAAGCUAACGACGCAUCAUUGGUUGAUAACGACGAGAAAGAAGAUACACCAGUAAAUGCCACCCCAGAUCCUAUCAACCAUCAUCCUAUUACAGCAGCUACAAUACAAACAGCGAUUAUGAAUGGAAGCAUUACUUAUUCCAACGAUCCUGAAGGAAAGGAUUUACAUAAAGAUAUGGAAAUAGUGCGUCAUUUGUAUAACUAUGGCAUUUACAUGUACCAGUAUUUCAAUAGUGUAUUCCCGAGCAGUACCCCCAUGAGUCCAGUCUUUUCCGUAAUGAAUCCUAAUGCGAUGUACGCGAUGCAACAAUCAUAUCAAAACAGAGCAAUGAUGAUGCCGCCAAAUGUUUAUCCAUCAAUGCAGCAACAAACUCACGAUGAAAAUCAACAUCGACAAAGUCCCAGUGAGGAAACACGAGAAAACAACGAUAGUCCUGGAUACAAGCCGAGCAUUUCUCUUCACCAGCCUCCUUCGUAUCAGACAAGUCACGCAAUGGCUGCAGCAGCACAACAACAGGCUAUGUUUAGUUUGAACUAUGGUCAAAUGUAUGCUACUGCUGGGCGGCCUUUGUAUUCAAACUACAAUAUGUUUCCUCAACGCUCAACGUUUCCAAGGUAUCCACCUAAUAAAAUGAAUUUCAAUCGUCAAGCAGGCCGGAAGUUCAAUAACAGAUACGCCAGUGGAUACGCCAGACACGAUCAGCAAUUACCAAAUGGCAAAUUGCAAAAUAUACCGUCAGGUUAUGGAGUUUAUCAAAAGGAGGCAGAGUAAUUGAGUAAUCUUGCAAGAUCACUUGAUAAAAGUAAUUUUUCUAUUUUUUUUGAAAGGGGAAACUAAACUGCUUGGUUAAGUAGACUUAAAGUGUGUCUCUUGCUUAAUAUUGCUUCAUGAUAAAAUUACGACAAACCAUAUGUACCAAAAAUAAUUUUUCGAACUAGUUAAAUAGCAAAAUAACCGAUUUAAAAAUAAAAGUUAAAUUCCAGCAGAUGACUUCGACAAGAUGGAACAAAUAUAAUAUUCAUACUUUUACUUCAUCGUCAAGCUUAUGAUUAUAUAUAAAAAAUGGUUUCUAAACGUCAUUUGCCGGACUUCAAUUUUCAUUUUUAAAUUGUCAAAGCGUUAUUAAAACUUAAAUCGCACAAAGCUAUCAGUUUUUGAUUGGUGGGUUUUCUCUUGAUGGCCAGAGCCAGGUUGGUGCACACCAAUUUCCACUUUUUCGCAUUUAAAAAUUAUUUAAUUUUGAUUCAAAUAUUUGUACAAAUAUGGCGGGUUUCUGACCUAAUAUAAACUGUCAGUUGCACUUGCCUUUGCAGCGAUUAGCAGUUACUCUAUGGAGGUUCAGUCUAUACGUAGCCUAUAAUCGGUAGUUCACUAUCACUUCGACUAGUUUCCAGCCCAAAAGCAUAUCGUAGUAAAACGUAGCGUACGCCGUAUAUAAUUGUUUUCAUGGGAACUCCGCUACUGUUGGUACUGAUGAAUUAGAAACAGAGAAAUAUGCUACGUUUCGUUGCAUGAUUCUGUUUUCUUCUUAUAUUGAAAAGAAGCCUUAAAAUUUAUGUAUAACCGCUGUGACACAGUAUUUAUACAAUACACGCCGUUCCCGGAUAUAAAAUUGAUGCAAACACAAAAGAGCUACACUGUUUCUUCAUAAGGCACAGAUGAAAGAGAGGGAUGAUUGCCAUUCUUUUUUGAAAAUAAUAUCAUGUUGCCUCAAGAGGCUCAACAAUGACUAGUUUAUAUUUGGUCGUAAGCUAAUCAAUUGGUUUCCUUUAAUCUUCGUAAAAAGAUAAUUGUUCUAAAUUCAGUCUAUUUUUUGAAAUUAAAUUUAAUUAUGUACGGAGUAUUAUCUUUGUUGUUGCGAUUAUUGUGUUCAAUUAUUCAGGUCUGCAAUAUCAAUAAACCAAUUAACGGUUGUAGUAACAUUUUUACGAUGCUUGUAAUAAAUGGAUAUGUAAAUUAAAUUAUUGUUUAGUACUCUCAAAGUAGGUUUAGUGUUAACGGAUAAAAUAUGAAGUUGAUGUUUCGUCAUUAAAAUU